AUGGACGGAGCGAGUGAAGAAUCGACCAGUCCCUUGAGGCAGACGACCGACAAUAUGUCACAAGGCUAUGUUCCUGAGGCCCGAAUCCUGGUCAUCAUGACAGGAGGUACCAUUUGUAUGCAGAAGUCGCCGGAUGGCCUCGUACCAGCCCGCAAUUUCCUGGACCGGUGCAUGGCUCCACGACCCGAGUUCAACGAUGGAUCAAGUCUUGAACCCAUGGAAGUCAUGUUCCACGACGGAGCGGACGGCCUGGGCAAAUUGCAAUGCUUGAGGACACCAACCAGUGUCUACGGGAAACGUGUGAGGUAUGCGGUGCUAGAGUAUGAAGAGCUACUGGACUCUUCUUCCAUCGACAGCAAAGGAUGGGACCAAAUAGCCAUGAGCAUCUAUCGGAACUACAAGCUUUUCGACGGUUUCGUGGUUCUUCACGGCACAGACAGUCUGUCCUACACAUGUUCAGCACUGAGUUUCAUGUUACAGAAUCUGGGCAAGCCCAUUAUACUCACAGGAUCCCAGGUGCCAUUCUCAGAGCGCAAAAACGAUGCUUUAGACAACCUGCUGGACUCACUCGACAUUGCUGCGCACUUCAUGAUACCCGAAGUAUGCCUUUGUUUCAACUCGACGUUAUUUCGGGGAAAUCGCAGCACCAAGGUAUCCGCCAGCGCCUUCGACGCCUUUGCAUCUCCCAACCUCCCACCACUGGCUAGAAUCACAGCAGUAGAAACGUCAGUGGCCUGGAAUCUGGUUACCCGACCGACGUCACUUGCGCCGUUCAGCGUUCAACCAGAUCUCGACAUCCAUCAUGUGGCAUGUCUAAGAAUAUUUCCCGGCAUCAAGCCUAAGAUGGUCGAGGCAGUGUUGCGAACAGAAGGUCUGCGAGGGCUGGUCCUGGAGACUUUUGGCGCCGGGAAUGCGCCUAGUGGGCACGACAACAAGUUGAUCCAGGUCAUAGCCGACGCGGUGCAACGAGGCAUUGUAAUUGUUAAUGUCACUCAAUGUCUCACGGGCAGCGUCAAUCCACUAUAUGCGCCAGGAAUGGCUCUUGGCCGCGCUGGGGUGGUCGCCGGUGGUGACAUGACAAGCGAAGCUGCCUUAACCAAAUUGGCCUAUCUGCUGUCCCUCCCGGGAGCAACACCGGAAUCCGUGGCCAGAAACAUGGCCAUCUCCCUUCGAGGCGAGCUCACGGAACGCUCGGAAACCGUUUUCAGCCAUCCAACGGGCGAGCUGUCGUCACCUGUUGCUCAACUCACCGCCAUUGCAUAUGCGAUCGCCAGCGGAGACAUCGACAAGGUCAAGGAGCUGUUACGGCAGGACGAUCAACUUAUGAAUCGGCCAGACUAUUCCGGCAACACUCCUGUCCAUCUGGCGGCCACGGGACCUAGCCUUGCCGUCCUGCGGUAUCUGCUAUCAUUAGGAGCGUCAGUUCAUCUGCGCAACCAUACAGGCUCGGGCAGGACACCCUUGUUUGUAGCUGCAAAUGCCGGCCUCCUGCCACACGUAAUGCUCCUUCGACAGGCCGGCGCACAUCUCCACCCGGAAGAGGUAGACACCGCCAGACUGCAUGCAAGCCAGAGACCAGAGGUCUGGAGACAUACCGGCCUGGACGUCGACUAG